UAUAGCUCCCCAUUGAACAAGCUUCAAAAAAGUUCAAUUAGUAUAUGUAUAUACAUUCUUUGAUACCAAAGAAGAAUCCAAAUUAACUAAUUAAAGUUAUAUAAAUUUAGAGAGAGAGAGAGAGAGAGAGAAUUUAGAGUGAGAGAGAGAGAGAGAUGGGAGUUUCGGGAACAAUGGAGUAUUUGUCGGAGCUGUUGAGCAGCAAGACGAAGAAGAAGAAGAAAAAACAGUUAAAUACGGUGGCCGUUAAGAUAAGAAUGGAUUGCGACGGCUGCGCUCUUAAGGUCAAGAAAGCCCUCUCCGGCGUCAAAGGGGCGAAAUCGGUGGAUGUGGACUUGAAGCAACAAAAGGCGACGGUCCACGGAUUUGUGGAUGCGAAAAAGGUUUUGGCCGCGGCAAAAGAGACCGGGAAAAAAGUGGAGCCAUGGCCUUAUGUGCCUUACACGAUGGUGGCGCACCCGUACGUGGCCGGGGUUUAUGACAAGAAGGCACCGCCAAAUUUUGUUCGGGCAUCAACAGAUCCUACCAUAGUCAACCUCGACCCGGUCGAAGAACAAUACACGCUCAUGUUUAGUGAUGAAAAUCCCAAUUCUUGCUCGAUUAUGUAGCUGUUCGUUAUACCGGUUAUUUUUCUAUCGUU